AGUCACGUGACUUGUUCUCGACUCAACCCGUCAGAAUGACAGACUGGUUCACUCGUGAGUCGUGACCCCCCGACGAGAGGCGCGAACUUUCUCUUGACGAGAUGUUUAUGUCAUUGUAUAGCGCUGUUUUGCUAGCCGCCAUUUUCCACACAACAACGACAGAACGCAACAAGUGUGUCGCCAGAAGCUUCGGUCAUGACUCGCUGGUAUGUGAAUGUAACUCCACGUACUGCGACACCUUGGGCAUCGUUUCUCUUCCCCCGCCGGGUCAUUACAUCUCCUACCUGAGCAGCAUGGCCGGAAGCCGGCUCGAGGACAGCCAAGGUCCAGUCCGACCCAACCAAACCGGUGCUGGCCUCAGACUUACUCUCCAACCUGAGAAGAAGUACCAGAAGAUAAAAGGAUUUGGUGGCGCGAUGACCGACGCAGCAGCACUAAACAUCCUGUCGCUCUCCGCUGGAGCGCAAGACCAACUGCUGAGACAGUACUUCUCCGAGGAAGGUAUUGGUUACACUGUGGUGCGUGUGCCCAUGGCCAGCUGUGACUUCUCCACUCGUCUGUACACAUACGCUGACACGCGGGAUGACUACAGCCUGCAUAGUUUCAAUCUGGCUCCUGAAGAUGUACACAUGAAGAUUCCUCUGCUGCUCAGAGCCCAGGCCAUGGCUCCUCAACCUUUGUCCCUGCUGGCCAGUGCCUGGAGCGCCCCCGCCUGGAUGAAGACAAACGAUGCGCUCAUAGGAAAAGGCUCCUUGAAGGGAAAACCUGGUGGAAAGGACCAUAAAAGUUGGGCUCAGUACUACAUAAGAUUCCUUGAGGAAUACGCCAAGUAUAAUUUGACAUUUUGGGCCGUGACCACAGGGAACGAACCAACUGCGGGACAACUAACCAACUACAGUUUCCAGGCGUUGGGCUUCACUCCCGAGGAGCAGAGGGACUGGGUGGCGUUGGACCUGGGCCCAGCCCUUCACGCUUCGUCUUUCCCGCACACUCACGUGCUCAUUCUGGACGACAACCGCCUGCUGCUGCCUCGGUGGGCCAAAGUGGUGCUUAGUGACAUCCACGCAGGUCGCUACAUCCACGGAGUGGCGGUGCAUUGGUACAUGGACUUCUUGAUCCCUGCCGGGCCCAGCCUGGUAACCACUCACCAGAUGUUCCCCGAGUAUUACCUGUUUGGCACCGAAGCCUGCGCAGGCUGGAAACCGACGGACCGGGGGGUGAAAUUGGGCAGCUGGCAGAGAGCCGAAAAAUACGCGCAUGACAUCUUAGAGGAUUUAAAUCAUUAUGUGACGGGCUGGACCGACUGGAAUCUAGCGCUGGAUCAGACCGGCGGGCCCAACUGGGUGAAGAAUUUUGUGGACAGCCCUGUCAUAGUUGACGCUAAGCGUGAUGUCUUCUACAAGCAACCGACAUUUUACAGCUUGGCACACUUCAGUAAGUUCCUGAGUAAGGACUCCCAGAGAGUCGGCGUGUCCGCCAGCGGGGAAACGGACCUCGAAUUCUCUGCCUUCAUCCGACCAGACGGCUUAGUGGUGCUCAUCGUCCUCAACAGGUUGUCAUCAUCAAAGAUCCAGUUUGAGGUGUGGGACCCAGCGGUGGGCUACAUCCCCUCCACAGCACCGCCUCGUUCCUUACUCACACUUGCUUGGUAUACACUGGGAAUAAAUGUGUGAAGAGUUGUUGUUCACAUGAAGGUAAGCCUUUAACUUGGCAGAACAGAACCGCUCUUUUUUCAGAACUUUUAAUGUUCGCUCACAUUUCUUGCACGCUGAGAAGACCAAAAAAUGGGUUUUACAAGAAUAACACUGAAGUAUGAUAGAUGUAAUGGUGCAUGAUCAACCUUUUAGUAUGAUUUUAUCUUUUAAAUGAUAAAAUGUUGUGAUGUGAGAAUAAUUGUAUAUGCUUGAAAACAAUUGCCUUAACUGCUCCAAGGAUUUCUUUGACAAGCAAAUAAUUUUUUUGCACUUAGGCCUAAUUUACAUUUUUAAUAGUGUUUCCGCUUUUGACAUGCUCAUUUUCAACAAAACGUAUUUCUAUUUAAUUGUAAAUAAAAUAAAUCAGUCUUGACUUGGAAAGAGACAAAAAGAGAAGAGAUGUUUUUUUUUAGUCACUUUAUUAAUACAUGAUAGACAUUUUUCAUUUAUAUAAUAUACAGUCUGUUACCCAUGUGUGCCAUUCACAUUUGCGCCUGUUGUUUUUCUUUGCAAACCUUUUAGGUUUGUGGACUACAAUUAUUUACAUAAAAAAAAGAAGUUGUAAAAAUGUGGUCAUACGCAGAGGACUAAAAUGAGCGGGAUGACAUCAGACUAUAAUCUGAUGUACAGCAUCAGAAAUAGGUGGAAUUGAAGAAGAAAAAAAAGGGACGAGCGAUGAUGGUUUUCUUGGUGUGAGAAUUUUAAGCUGCAAUUUCCCAUUUAAGAAUACUUAAAACAAAACGAUAAACCAAAGAAAUACGCUCGUGGACCGUCAAACAAUAAAUACAGAAUGUUUACAGCAAUGUGGCGACUUUUCAGAUACCAAAGCCGACGUUUGUCCCAAAUUAUGUUUAAGGUGGGGGGGGAGUGGGUAAACAUGGAUGGGCUUCGUCUGAAACGGAAAAGAGACCUUAAAGGGGACUUAGUAUGAAAACUAACCAGCUAAUUGCUUGUAUACAAAUGUCUUUAAGGUAUUUGAAACAGACCUCCCAAAAGUAUCCUGGACUUUUAACUGAAGCAAGAACUUGCCAAAAUGUAUCAUGAUGUCUCCUUUAAGAUCUGAGUGUGUACG